AACAGGAACAUGCAGAUGAAUAUAUUUAUUCUAUCCAUUUGUGUAUUUUGCAUUCCAGUUCUUUCAGCAUUGCUCUUCUUUUCCGCCCUGCGAAGCUGCUACACAGAUGAUCCUAGUCCACUGGAAAAGUGCUUCCAGGAUGCAGAGUAUGAGAAUUAUCUAGAGAUAGCCAAGAACGGGCUGGGCAAUGCGUCACACCCAAGACAUGUGCUGAUCGUGGGAGCAGGCAUGGCAGGCCUCAGCGCAGCCUACACUCUCACAGAAGCUGGAUACCAGGUGACAGUUCUUGAAGCCAGCAACCGCGUGGGGGGACGAGUGGAGACCUAUCGAGACGAGCAAGAAGGCUGGUAUGCAGAUCUGGGGCCCAUGCGUUUGCCUCAGGUGCACAGGAUUUCCCGCGAAUAUGUCAGAAAGUUUGGCCUGAGUCUGACAGAAUUCUUUCCGGAGGAUGAGAACGCCUGGUAUUUGAUUGACAACAUCAGGAAGCGAGUCGGGGAGGUCAAGAGGAACCCCAGCCUCUUGAAUUACACUGUGGAUCCCUCGGAAGAAGGCAAAACCGCUAGUCAGCUGUAUGAAGAGUCCCUCCAUCGGGUUGAAGAAGAGGUGAAGAGGACAAACUGUACCUACGUGCUGGGUAAAUAUGACACCUUCUCAACCAAGCAAUAUUUAAUCAAAGUAGCAAAGCUGAGUCAUGGAGCUGUCGAAAUGAUUGGGGACUUGCUCAAUGAAGAUGCUGGCUAUUACCAGUCGUUCAUUGAAAGUAUGAGAGGUGAAGUGAUCUUCGCUUCUAGAAGGAGGUUUGAUCAAAUCGCAGGAGGCUUUGAUCAGCUGCCAAUAGCCAUUUACAGAAGCAUUUCAGAAAGGGUGCAUUUCGGUACCAGGGUGGUCAGGAUGGAGCAGGCAGGCGAGAGCGUCACCGCGGUUUACCAAACCGCCAACAAAGCGCUGUUCAGCGUGACGGCCGAUUACGCCGUGGUCACCUCCACCGCCAAGGCCACGAGGCGCAUCCAUUUUGAGCCACCCCUGUCGCGUAACAAAAGCCACGCCUUGCGGUCCAUCCACUACAGGAGCGUCUCCAAAGUCUUCCUCGCUUGCACCGAGAAGUUCUGGGAAGCUGACGGGAUCCGCGGUGGGAAGUCCACAACUGAUCGCCCGGCCCGAUUCGUCUACUAUCUCACUCAAAACUUCUCUGGUGGCCUUGGGGUUGUCUUGGCUUGCUACGUCCACAGUGACGACUCCCGUUUCUUUCAGGCCCUCAGCCAUGAUGACAUCAUUAGCAUCGUCCUGGAUGACCUGUCCGCCAUCCACCAGCUGCCCGAGGGGUACAUCCAGGCUGUGUGCCAGUCAUCUGUGAUAAAGAGGUGGAGCUUGGAUAAGUAUUCCAUGGCUGGCUUUGCUGCCUUCACCCCCUACCAGUUUGUCGAUUAUAGCGAACCUCUCGAGAAGCCAGAAGGCAGGAUCCAUUUCGCUGGGGAACAUACUACCAAACUCCACGGUUGGCUGGACUCCGCAAUCAUGUCAGGGCUGAGAGCAGCAAGAGAAAUCAACCUUGCAUCUGGGAAGCGGCUGCCCAGGAUCAAGCCGAAUGACAAAGAGGAACUUUAAACAGGCACUCUGCAAAAGU